GAUUUUAGGGCGUAAAGAACAGUUGUAAUAGUUUAAGAUUUUCAUUUAAUUUAUAUUUAUAUAUUUUUUCUCUCUUCAUCAGCAUUAUUGUUAGAAAAUUUCAGUAGCUCACCUCUAAUAAUUCGGCUCUCAGUUGCAAAUAUUUCCAUAAUAAUUUCAAAUAUGAAAUAAGAGAUCUUAUUGUAUUUUCUAUAUCAAGUUCUUGUUUCAUGUAUGGAAGAGGUGGAUUGGGGUAUAAUUAAUUACGGAUCGGCGAAGUGGUCACGGUGGUGUAGACUAGAGUUUGACAUGAGGACUGGGAGGGAACAGAGAAGCCUCUCAAGCCCCGCCAGUAAUGAAGGUCCUGAUUGUGAGUGGCGUGUUACUUUUGAUCACCUCAUCACUGGCAUCCAAGGGAGAUAACUCCAAUGAGUACAAUGGCUGCUACCACAUUUGUCACUUCAACAACUGCACGUCAAAUAUGGGUAUUGCAACUUACAAAUCAUCACAGAGUCUGAGUGAAAGAAUUCUUCAGUGGAAUUGUGAUGAUGAGUGCAAAUACUACUGCAUGUGGCGCACCACACAAAUAUUCAUGGACAAGGGCUUGGACGUGCCCCAAUUUUUUGGCAAGUGGCCCUUUGCACGAGUGUGGGGAAUGCAAGAACCAGCAUCAGUUUUCUUCUCUGUCCUGAAUCUGUUGGCUCAUGCUAUCAAUCUUCACUGGUUCAGGAAAACUGUUCCCUCAAUUGCUCCACUGUACAAGAUGUGGAUUUUUCAUGCUGUGAUAUGCAUCAAUGCUUGGGUGUGGUCAGUUGUGUUUCAUGCCCGAGAUACUCCAUGGACAGAACGUCUAGACUAUUUUUGUGCUUUCUCCAUGGUUCUCUUCUCCUUGUUUGGUCUCAUUGUCAGGUUACUUGGUCCUCGUCAAGCAAUCUUAAGGGAUAUUGUUGCUGCAGGUGGUGUUUUCUUCUUCACUUACCAUGUUUGGUAUUUGAGUAAAGGAAGAUUUGAUUAUGGAUACAAUAUGAAAGUCAAUUUAAUCGUAGGUGUGUUGAAUGGCUUUGGAUGGGUUGGAUGGUCUCUACCACGAAUGAAAAGCAGACCUUAUGUCCAAUGGUGUGUCUACACUGUAGUAUUUGCGAUGGCAUCGAUGCUGCUGGAGCUUUGGGAUUUUCCUCCAUUACUGUGGACAUUUGAUGCCCAUGCAUUGUGGCAUUUUGUUACUGCACCCCUUCCUUUCAUGUGGUACAGAUUUUUGGAAAGUGAUUGUUUGUAUCUGUUACAAAGAUCAUCUGGCCCAGCUUACAAGAAGAAAAUAUAGAAUAUUAUCAACUAAAUUUAUGCAAGUGUGAAGAUGCAAAACUGGUAAGGAAGAAAAUGUUAUCUUGUUGAUAUUUCAAUAUUUUAUUAACAGCUUUUCAUUGUUGUAUUUAUACAAGUAUGUAUAUGCAUUUGUUCCCAAGGAACAAUAAGGUUGUUUGCAUAACUAAAAGUUUAUUUACUAAUAUGUUAGAUUUAAUCAAAUAUUUUUUUGUUUUUGAGCACAUUUAUUUGUUAGAUGAAUCGGUAUAUAGUGGUACAACAGGAUAUCCCUGCUCCAGCAUACAUCCAAGCUGGCUUAUGCCUAUUCCUGAUGCCCAAAAUUUACAUCACCCACAAGCCUGGCUCUGUGCUGCCAGUGCCAGUUUUCCCCACCAACAAAAAAAAUAUAUAUACAAGGGCAACAAUCUUCCCUUUAAACUGCCUCUGUGAGACUUGAAGGAAAGACAAACAGCCCAAAGAAUUGGGCUGUUUCUUGCCAGAGAUGGCAUGGAAAAAAUUAUAUAGUAGUCACUGGUUGUUGGAUUUUGAGCAUUUGAAAAUAUUAUUUUUUUAUACAAUGUCAUAGCAUACAAGUGCGAUUACCAGAUUUCAGUCUUUUCAUGUGUUAACACACAGUUAUGAUAUGAUAAUACUCAAGAAAGAUUACCACAAAAGGAGUGAGACCUCAUUAGAGCCUUGGCCUGACCUUCCACUAAGGUGACACCCUACUAAUAUCCCUUAGGGGGGAUUAGUUACCUGUGGGUAAUGCCAUACCUUCUAUGGUCCACCGGUCAUUCAAGCUCUUGAGAGCUGACAUUCCCUCCAAAACAUUAAUUGAAGAUCAACCAGCUGGAUGAGCAACAGCAAAGCUGGCCCAGGCAUAUGUUAAAUAACAUUUUAGUGGCUGUUCAUUGCCACUAAAAUGCCUCCAGGAAUAAAA